UUGACAAUCAGUUAUUGGGAAGUGGAGCCAUCACAGGAUGACAUCGCCUAUUUUGAUCCUGAGUCUAGGUCUGCUCCAUUGGAGCAUUUCCCCCGCCUGGUCACAGAAUUUUCUGCAGGAUAUGCCCUCUGAUGUGAUGGAGGCCGUCGGUCAAGUGCAGGACAUCAUCGGAGGCAACAUGCAAGGCCCACAAAGUUCGGAGUAUAUUGACGAGUCCUUCUAUCGUCCUUCCUAUCGAGGCGAACAUGCAUCGAACAUCCACAACUUGGGCGGAUAAAUCCAAUUCCAAUUCAAAGUACUACUUAAUAGCUACGCCAUGUGGCUAAACAUUAAAUUGAAUUGAAGAGUG